GUCAAAGUGAUUUGAUUUUUCUUGUUUCUUUCAGUGACUGACGUUUAGCAGAUCACUUUGGAGGCAAACUUCAUUUAGGCUAUGUGCAAAUCCGUGAUAAAUUAGCAGAACUUCAGGAAGAGAGAAACAAGAGCUUCAAACUUGACCGGUAUGAUGACAGGAGAUCGAAAGAAAGGAGCAGAGAUCAUGAGAGAGAAUCAAGUUGGGAUUGAGGCUGAGGGAAUAGCCAUGACCAAGGGAGGGAUUAUGAUUGUAGGAGCAGAGAUCGUGACAGGUAUAGUGAUUAAGAUCGUGAUAGGGAUUAUGAGCGCUCUUGGACUUAUGAUUCUAGAAGUUGCCAUAGGUCAUGUUCAAGGUCUAGGGAACGCUCCAGGGAUCAUGAUCGCCACAGGCAUGACCGAUACUAGAUGCAUGAAUGCUGCCAAGAAGAAAAUGAAUACAAACUGUUCUUGAGUAGGUAAGCCGACUUAUAUAGGGGAGUUACAUUCCUCAGUUAAGUUAUUUGACAGUUUGUCAUGUGGUUGUAUCAACAUGUUUAAGAGGGUAUUUGUUGUUUUUUGGUACCUAGAGACUAGGAAUUGAAUCUUAACUUAUGGUUAAAAGUACAAGUAAUUCUAUCAUCAGAUCAUAUUGCUAACAGGUAAGAGGGUAUUUGUUGUACUUGGUGAUUUGUGUUUGGUAUUUGGUAUCAUUGUAGAUGUAAGUUUGGUUGAUUUUACUAUUCCAACUGGCAUGUGGGGCAAUUUUUCAGUUAAGUAUCUAAAAGGAGAAUUAAUAUAAUGAGAUUGAAUUU